AUGUGGCACGAAGGAGAAUUCGACUGGUCCUCCUGGUGGAGCUACGACGGGAUAUCAGGGCCUGGCUUCUGGGGCAUCAUCAACCGGCGCUGGAGGCUCUGCAGCGACGGGAAGAGGCAGUCUCCGGUCGACCUCGCUACGGCGGCGGUGGUGUUCGAUCAUACGCUCGGCCGCCUGGAGUUCGCGUCGCAUAAGGUCGACGGGACGCUCACCAACACCGGCUUUGGACUUCGAUGGACCGUGGGCGCCGACCAGGUGUGGCAGGUCACGGGCGGCCCGCUGCAUUACGCCCACACCCUGACCUACGCGAUCGUCCGCUGGUCUAACACGGCCAAGGCGACUCAUACCUUGGGUUCGGAGCAUAGUAUCCAGGGACAGUUUUUCCCGGCGGAGGGAUACUAA